AUGCGAUCCCACGGAGCGAUGCGGGAGAAAAUGCAGCCAAAAGGAAAACGGAUGACGUCACAAAGCGAGCCGUCAGACGGUGACAUUGACUACGUCUCCGAAGGUGGGGAGGGGCGCUACACGUCACCUAAAAAUAAAAAUAGGUUUUCAAGCCUGGUACCGCCAGAACAGCCUAAGAAAAGGGCGAUGGAGGUGCCUGAUGCCCCUAACGACAAAGAAGCCGAUGUAUUGGAGCUGGCACAAGUGCUGCAGGCAAAAAAGCAGCAAAUGGAUGCCUAUGAGGACCAGCUAAAAAAGCGCCGACAAAAAGAGGCAGCUGAGAAGGAGGACAAAAAAGUACAACGGAUCCUACAACAACAACAGCAGCAACAGGCAAAACAAAAAAAGCCUGAAACAAGGCAACAAAAACAACAACAACAGCAGCAACAACAACAGCGAAAGCCAGCUACUAAAAUCACUGGAGCGGAACAAAAAAUGAAGGCUUUACCAGCAGUGACAGGCCCACUGUCUGAGGGCCCAUUUAUUCGACAGCAGAAACAGCAACAACAGCCGCAGAAGCAGUAA